AUUUAAUCAGUCUGAAGAUUUAUUCCUUAACAAGAAUCACUCUUUGAAAAAUUUCCAUUUCUGAACAAGACUGGCGAGAAUAUUGACAAACUGAUGAGUAAUUGGAAGAAAUACAAGUUUAGUGUUCCCGUUUAUGGUGCUAUUUUAUUGAAUUCCGAGCUGGACAAGGUUGGUUUAGGGCAAACUUGCAAAAUUUUAUGGAAGUUUAUUUUAUACUUGUGUUUAUUUGUCUUGUGUGUGCUGAGCGCUGAUAUAUCUUCAAUUCUUUCAGUGUAUUUUAGUUCAAGCUUUCACACACAAGUCAAGUUGGGGUUUCCCUCGAGGAAAAUUGAAUAAAGAUGAGAGCCCAUUGGAGUGUUCAAUACGAGAGGUAAUGGCCAUGGCUUCUUCUUUAGUCCUUUGCACAAAUGGAAAGAUUUCAUAGUUUUAUGGUUGUGUUUGUUUCUCCCUCCCUUUAAGUGGCAUUAUGCCCUUCUUUAUUAUUUUGCUCUGUCUAAUGCCAGACAAUUUUACAUGUCAAAAAUGUUGAAAACAUUGAAAUCGCUGAUCUUGAAUUAUGCUUAAUUGAUUUUCCUACAGUAGUUAGUUUUUUCAAUUAAAAGGGUUGUAAUGCACCUUCAAAAACCAUCAUUCAAAAGGCUGAACUGUACCUUUAAAAUGAUUUUGCUGUGUUGUUAAUACCGACUGUUUUUCUUGGAAUGAUAGGUUUUGGAAGAAACUGGUUUUGAUAUCAGAAAAUAUGCAAAUGAAAAUGACUAUUUGGAAAAUUCUCUUCACGAUCAUUUGGUAAGUCGGUAAACAAAUGCACAUAGUGUAAACUGCAAAUCUGUAGAUGGUACAACUACAUAAAAAAUGCAAACAGAACUUCGAUUUUUAAACCAAAAGCCCUUCAUCGGGAACCCCCAAUUAUAAAUGUGUGUUCCUGUUGCCAAAAAUACUGAAAUUCUUAGUUGUUUAACCCAUUGAGUCAUAUUGUGCCUAAUGCGCCCUACUUUAUUAUUUUGCUCUGUCCAACAUCAGAUUAUUUUACUCUGUCUAAUGCCAGACAAUUUUACUUGUCAAGGGGAGAGUGCUGGUGCUUAAUGGGUUAACUGGCCUAUCUGACUAUGUGUCUAGUUAACCAAUUGAGUUGCCCUACUUUAUGAUUUUACUCUGUCUAAUGCCAAACGGUUUUCCUCAUCAAGGGAAGAGUGCUGGCGCUUAAUGGGUUAACUGAUAAAUGCUGAAUAUAACACCUUUUAGGUACGGUUGUAUAUUGUUCCAAAAGUUCCCGUUGAUACUGAAUUCAAAACGAGAACAAGAGGAGAAAUAAAGGUACAAUACAUAAAUUAGCUUAUGAUAUUUUACGUGAUAACUUAGGGGAACAAGAUUGCGUGCACCACAACCAAAUAUAAACAAGGUUCGACAUUUUUUUCUAGGACAUUCAGUGGUUCAAUGUGAAAGAUUUGCCAACUCAUAAGAAAGAUGCUCGGAUGAAAGAGAGUACAGGUCUUUCUGCAAACAAUUUCUUUAUGGUGCUGCCUUUUGUGAAGUAAGUACCAUUCGAAGCACUAUUGUUGCAACAUAUUUCAACAGACUUGCAGCAUGCAAGCCUUAAAAAAUCGGUCGGUCACAGACAUUGGCUGAGCCAUUCGUGAAAUUGUCCGUCGUAGAGAGGAAAUCACUGGACAUUCUGUCCGAGGUUUAUUGUUUGUCCGGCCUGAGUGAAUUGGUGUCCGACCUAAUUCUAACUAGUAACUUUGUCCAACGUAUAUCAAUGUACCCUAGCCCAGGACUAGAGGCUGGUAUAUUGAAUGGAGAAUCAGAAUAAUGUAUAAAGGUGGGUUUCCAUUGAGAUGCGAAGGGGGGUGCGGUGGAUUAAUUCCAGUAUCCUUUGGAAAUUUUCUAGAGAUUUAAAAAAAUGGAUAGGCGAGAAACGUAAUUUAGCCUCACUGGAACAGCAGAAGGUGUAUUCUCAACCACAGAAUCAGUUGCAACGAAUGUUGCAAUCAGAGGACGCAUGCUUGAAUAUGGAACAGGCACGCGUUGAACACGAGAAACGUAAACACGAAGCGCAGAAACGAUUCUUGAAUCAAAUGGACUUCUAUCAUCCACUCAGGACUCAGGAUAAUCUCAAGACGAGAAAAGGUAAGCGAUAUGUUGUGUGGAAAUUUUGUUUGUGUCGAUAUUGUGUGUUUAUUUUGUCCUAGGGCUGGUUGUAUAUGAAACUCUUAAGUACUUGUUAAUCAUUAAUUUGUAGUUAAAUAGUAGUUAACUUCGAAAUACGCGAUUUUUUGACAAUUUUCGCACGAACUGCAGUUCAUUUUCACUACUUUUUUCAACAAUCAGCCCCCUCGGGGCUUAAAUGCGCAAAGAUAUUCAAAAACCGGGUGAUUUGGUAGCCCGUGAGAGAACUGUGUUUAGUUCUCAAAAUCAAAUCCACUCAUGAAUAUGUUUCAUUUUGUUUUCAAAUUGUCGUGGGCUGUCGCUGAACCACACAUGCGCAGUGGACAAUACCGAAUACCCAAUUUAAAUUAUUUAAACCUAGUAGCCAAUUUUUUUUUUGUAAUUUAUGGACAUUGAUAAAGAUUGCUUCUUUAUGCUUUUCAAUCACUUUUUGUCAACACAUUUUGAGAGGUUACAGUAUACAAACAGCCUAUUUCUAUUCUUUCCUAUUUUACUUCAUUUCAGCCGUUUUCGGAAACUCAGCCCGCAAACAGGCAAAACACCCUUCGGAGCACGACCAGAAGAGCGCAAACACGGCCAAAUCAUUUAAAAUUCUCCAGAGAACCGAAACGGAUGGUCGGCCAGACCCAGCUCGCAGGUACAGCCCCGUGAACGCGCGCCGUUCGUCGCCAUCUUCGAUGACGCCAUCUGGAAAUCAAGAAUCGUAUCCGAACACCACGCGAAGUUUGUCGCCCUCGAGUAAUUCCGCGUUCACGCGAGUUUCUCGCGUGAACAACACGCGUCGCGCGAGACCGAAAAAUAAACAGCAAGCGAAGAGUCCAACCACUUCCAUCGAUAUGACAUUUACUGCUCCUGCUUGGACGAAUUUUAAAUUCGAUAAAGGAAAGAUUUUAGAAGCUUUUAGAGCGUGAAAUGUUCUUAUUUUUGGACGCAUUUUCGAGCGUGAGAUUGGAUUUUUAGAGGCAGAAAAGGAUUUUUAAAGUAGAUUUGUAAUAUAUGAUUUUAGAGUUUGGGUUCAAUCUGUAAAUAAUGUUAGAGUUUUAUUUUACUUCUCGUUUAUAAACAUUUUGAAUAGGGUUAGUUAUGCAGAUAAUUUUAUAAUUUGCGAGCUAAUUAACUAAGGAACUAACUGUAGCAAAUCAACCGACUAAUUACUUUUUAAACCCGGUGACAUUGUGGGCUCAGUCAAUAAUUUUCCCGCGCUUUUCGACUCUCUGAUUUCGACUUAUUUAUGACGAAAUAAGACUCAAAUUGUAUGUUUAGAUCGUUGUCAAUUAUGCUUGGGUCACCCAAUAUUUUUCUUUGGGUCUUUAACCUUUUCUUAAUUCUGAAAUUCUACCAAUAAAUCAAAAACUUUGCAGACUAUAUCUUGAAAUAUUAAUUUGGCAGUUUUCUUCAGAUAAUUUCUGAAGUUUAGCAGAAGGCAACACAUAAGACACAAGAACCACUUCAGGGCUGAUUAAUAAGCUGAUUUUAAAAUGGUCUUUACUUUUGUACUUGCUG